AUGAAGUUUUUUCCCGUGCUUGUCUUGCUCUUUGCCGCAGAAGCGAUAGGUAAGUGAUCGAUUUUUAAUAUGAAGACUGUAAACUGCAUUCUUUGGGUACGCACAGGGACAAAAAAAAGUAAAAUUAAAAAAAAUAAUAAAAAUAAAUAAAUAAAUAAAUAAAUCUAAUCAUCAUUAAGUUCUGUCGUCGAAAAAAACCCGAACGCUUACUAACUAUCAUGGUCAAGCAAUUUUAUUAACUUACCUUGCGGAAAUAUCAACGAAAUAUAAACGAUCUAGAACAGGAGCUUCAUUCGAGAGCACCUUCGUUCGUGUCAACCACGCGAGAAUCGUAAAGGUAUCCCUUAGGUUUGUGCGUAAAUUUAUGUCUAUAUAAUAUAGAAAGAAUCAAAAUAAUCCUGUGUUGCUCGGUUGGAGAAUGUUCUCUUUUAGAGGUCAAAUAAAGCCCGAGCCACACCCAGUAGAAAGCGGAAAAUAAUAUCCCCUUUUGAACAUAAAUUGCUUUCGAUUCAAGAUUUAACUUCCUUAUGUCUUUUGAAGCAUUUCGUUCUUUAAUCAUUUCAAAGUUUUUAAUUUUUUCGGAGGUUAUCCACCCUUGGAAGAGCAAAAGAAUGAAGGAAUCUAGGAACUUAAUCGGUUAUUAGGCGGACGUGUUUAACACUUGACUGCUCAUGGAGGCGUCAUUUAAAUAUUAGAUACCUUAAACGAAAAAAUGUUUAUUAUAUUGACUGAAAAAACAAAUUGUCGGCUCGUAAGGUCCCUACUACAAUUUUCCAAAAAACACUGGUUAUAUUUAUUUGCAAUUCCAUCGAAGCAUUUCGCAGCUUAUGUUGCUUUUCUUUAUUGAGCUGCUGAGCUGUUCCUAACAGUCUGCCAUGUCCCGGAUCGAGAAAAACGUGGAGUUAGUGUAUGUGUCCUUGUAUUUCAGUUCUGCUGUAGAAAACAAAUCUUGUGAUAUUUAUAGAUGGUUCUAGAGAAGAGACUGUAGACAGGAUGUUACGAAAGGACGGUGAAAUCGUGACAGAAUUACCUUAUGUGUGUAUGUGGUUUUUUUACGGACGAGAUAAAUAGGACUAUUUAGUUACCUGGUGAUCAAGUUACCUGCCUGGUGAUGGUGAUAAAGUAAAACUACGGAAUGUUUUUGGCUAUGCAUCCAGGCGAAUCAAUGCGUACCGCGUACUUAUAUUUUGCACGAUUGUUUUGUUUUGUUACGUUUGUUUGUGAAAUGCUUUAACUAGAAUGUAAGACUCGAAUUAACAACACUUAUGAGUUAGUACAACUAUCUAUCAAUUCGAAGAAGAGAAAAGAAUAAACUUGAAAGGUUUUAUUCAUUUCAAAUUUUUGAGAGCACUCUUCCCAAAAACAAAGGUAAUUAAUAAGGACAAUUGGACACUCAACUAGAUAAACAUGAAGUUGCAUUUUCAAUUCGGCAUUUGACUUCCUGUUGGGUUCCGAUUCGAAAUAGACCUAUUCGGCUAACUCAAUGUUGUACCCAAUUCAAACCCUUUGGGAAUAAAACAUUUUGUUUCAGGAAUUUCCAUAUCAUUUAAAUGUGAAUGCCACAUUGUAACGCAAAUACAAUGCACAAAGAAUCUUAUCCCCGGGAGAUUUGAAUUGGGUACAACAUUGAGUUAGCCGAAUAGGUCUAUUAAUAUUAAAGACACUGUCAACUUUGAACCAAUCAUAGCCGGUUAGAGUAAGUAAUAUUACUUUCACACAUUUUUCGGAAGAGGUCUCUAUUUUCAGUUAAAGAGGAAACGGAUCUUAUAAGGGACUGUUUUCUAGAUUCGAAAUAUGAGGUUGUUUCCCGUGCUCGUUUUUCUCGUUGCUACAGACACGAGUGGUGAGUGACCUAUCAUUUAAAUGUUGACUCCUGAGCAACAAAUUAAAAAAAAAUUUCGCUGAAAAAGCUGAGUCCAAAAUCUUUCGUGCAACAAAUAAGGAAUGUAAGCUACAACGUAAUGCUGAUCGGAGGGAUUGAAAAGCUUGCUAUCAAUUGACUUUGCAUCUCGUUUGAGCCUCUUUAUGGGUACCUGCGCUGCACCGGGACGUCGUUUUCGUCGCGUGUUUUCCAUCAACUCGUCGAUUUUUCAACGAAAUCGGCGCAAAUCAAGAGUUGAAAAUUUAAAUGAGCAGAUAGCCUGCGAGCAAGCUCUCCUAUUUGGGCAAGCGAAGCGAGUCUCGCGAGAACGCGCGAGCGAGGGCCGAGGAAGGGCUUCGCCGCUCGCUCGCGCGUUCUCGCGAGACUCGUUUCAUUCGCCCAAAUAGGAGAGCUUGCUCGCAGGCUAUUUGCUCAUUUAAAUUUUCAAAUUCAAAACUUGAAUUUUACAUCUGAAUUCAAUAUUUUACACUCUUCUUUUAGAGUUCACGUCUUUGGAAAACGUUUUUACACUUGUCUUUUAGCUUUUGAACUCAACUGUUUUAUUUAACCUUGCUAGCUGUACAUUUUCCACUCGCUUUGUCAAAUUACACAGUCAAACCAUGCAAUAUUCAACUCGACAAACAAAUUUUUAUAUACUGCUUCUUUUUAUUAGUUUUGAUACCUGAACUAGUGCUCUAGAUUUGACUGAGAUGCCAAUUUUGCAUUCGAUACUCACUCGCCUCAUUUCGCCAGUCACCGCGUCAAAUUUCAAACUCAACAUCGUAUAUUUUCGACUCAACUUUUGAAUUUUUGUCUCAACAGUGGCUGGCCCAACCCAGUGCAACUCUUGUCAGUCCAGUGAUGCAGCCCAAUGCACCACUUCUCCAAGAAACCAAGUUUGUGCAACAGAUGGAGAAUCCCUUGGUACAACACUGUAAUUUUCAGGGAGUUAUAAUAACUCCUCUAGUGGGGCUAAUUUAACUCCUUACAGUGGAGUUAUUUUUCGUGGAGUUAUUUUAACUCCAAAAAGGAGUUUAAAGAACUCUUUUUCAGGAGUAAAAGUGACCACAGAUUUUGAGGAGUUAAAAUAACCCCAAAAAAGGAGUUAUCCUGUACCUAAAAUUUUUACUCCACUUUCAGAGUUAAAUUAACUCCAAAAAGAGUGAAAACAACCCCUGUAAGGAGUACAAGUAACCCCAUUUCGGAGUAAUUUUAACUCCAAGACUGGGAGUAAAAAGAACUCUUUUUCAGGAGUAAAAAUGACCCCAAAUUCGGAGUUAAAUUAGGAGUUAAAAUAACCCCAAAAAAGGGGUUAUCCUGUACCUAAAAUUUUUACUCCAUUUUUGGAGUUAUAAUAACUCCCUAAAAAUUACGGUGAACUCACUGCGGUACCGCUGCCAUAAAGUAUGUAAAUUCAUUCGGACCAAACGAUACCCGGGUUGAAAUAUUCGGAGGAUGCUUCGAUUGCGCAGGUAGGUUGGUUUUAAGGCGUUUCGAUACAGUUUUUCAGAGGCCAAACCGAUAUUUUUCAAUCGCCUUAAAAGUGGCUUCUUCCUUGUCCGAUCGCUAAAAAAAUUUUCACCAGUAAUUGGCUAUGGAUUGAAACGUGUGAAAUGUAGUUUUAAGUAAACCGAUGUUACUAUGACAAAUUGAUAAAAGCCGAAUUUUGUGUGAUCUAGACCAGCUACUGAAAAUCAAGCACUAGGAACUUAAAGUUUGGUGUUUAGCAAACAAUCUCCGUAAGAAGUAAAAGGGUCUGUAUGUUUGAAUUCGACUAAAACGAAAAUAUAUUUCAAACGUGAUAGAUUAUUUAAUCAGAACGUGGGGAAAUACGUGACAGACUAUUCAAUAAAAACGUUAUAAAUGGCUCAAAUUUUAAUAUUCUAAAGUAGCGUCAGAAUGCUGCUUAAUAUCAUAUUUCGACGCUGGGAAAUUUUGCUGUAUUUCCUUUCAUGCGAUCUUGAAAACUAACCCGUAUUCUCACUACCUGUUUAAGUGCAACUUCAUUCAAAAUUUGGAUUCUUAGCGCUUUUUUUUAUAUCUCUGAAACGACUCUUCACAUAAUCUUCAUAAUGUAUAUAACUGAAGGUCUAAAACUUUCAUUGAGAUUGAUUCACUGCAACAUCUUAAAAUUUCAAGACAAACCUAUCCUACGAACUUGUCAAAAAUCUGCGUCCACAUUCACUGUUUUGAUGUUAUGCUAAUUUUUCCAAAAUAAUGCGCACUAUACGUACCUCCAUGACUAGCACAUUUUAGUUUGAAUUUAUCGCAUCUUUUGAAGGUAAAACAUUGACAAUACUCACAAUGAAAUGUACUAGUCAUGCAUAUAGUCAGAAAUUAUGUCAUCUUUACUUAGAUUAGCGUGCCGCAUGGGAAAUUUGAUUCAACCAAUCAGAAGCACUACCCAGAUCUGGCUAGUGACGCGUCAUCAGUAUGGAAUGUCUGCGCUCGUUUCUCAGACGUCAUUUGGCGGGGAAACCAGUGGUAGCGUUCUCGGGCAUGAAGUUUUUUCACCCGAGCGUUCGCUUAACCAACCAAAAGCCAAACGCGUUUGUAUUCGUUCGAUAAACCAAUCAAAUCGCUUUAUUUCUGUUUGUUGUUUCUGUUUUGUUUGCGCGGUUUCAUUUCAAGGUCGUACGAAAAUCGCUCUAUUUCUAUGUUUCACUCAGUUUGGUGGUGGUAUCACUGUUUAAAUUUUGAUUAAUGUCGUGGCACAGCUCCUUUAAAUUUAUAAUAUUUCGUUAAAUUUUCUGUUGAUGUUUGGCAAGUUCACGUUUAAACGAGUCUUGUACAUUGCUUUAUUCGUGAUGAAGAAAAAACUUGCUAACUUGGUGCUAAAUAGAAUUUUCGUUACAGAUAAGACCGCAGCGUGCUUUUUUCUUGGAGGCUAUUUAAGGAACAGAGGUCAAAUCCUGCUACAGUGUAAGAUUGAAUGCUGCUCCGUCGACAACUGCAACACUCAGAUCCCUACCCUGUCACAAGAUGUAGUUACUGUGUUUUCCCCAAACGGUAACGGCACUUUUACUCAACGUAUGACUUCACACAUAAAAAGUAAACUAUGCAACGCCUUACUUCCACGAAAGAUAGAGCACACCACCAGGAGGGUCCCCAACAGGUUUUUCGGGAUCCGGAAUUUCCCUUAUUUGAAGCUUGGGAUUAGGGAUUUAAGAGCAAAAUCGGGCUAGAUUCGGGAUUGAAAGUAUGCGCGCGAGUUAGAUUACGGGAUUGUACGAAAUUUUUGGUCGAGAUUACCGGAUUGAAGAACCAAGUUGUUCAGGACCCUCCACCAGGACCCAUGUCCCCUUCUCUUUUCCAACUUUGUGGGUUUUUUUAACUUCUCUUUCAAAAAAGGAAGAAACUUAAUUGGCAUCCAAUGACUCAAUGCAUUUAUCAAUAAGUACUUAACUAUAGAAAUUAACUUUAAAAAUGAACAACGUUUACAUGCUUAAUUUUUAAUUCUUAUCUUGAACUUAAAAUGAACCUUGGACGGUUGAAACGUCUUACAUUUUUAACGUUAAUUUUUAUAGUUAAAUCCGUUUAAUUGUUGAUUCGAUAACUAUUAUUUUAUGUUAAGUGGUACUUAAAAAAGAGUGGACGAAGAGAAGCGUGUUCAAUGUGGUCGAUCAAAGCCCCACCUACGCGAAUAAUUUGUCUCUUACCAACAAUUUUGUUUUUUGCUUUAAUUUGCUGCAGUAGACGGGCCUUUUCCUUUACGAGUUUCCUGUUCAAAAAUUAACGUGCUAGCUUGCGACGAACAGAGACACUCAGAAACUUUUAGAAAAAAACUUGUCAAGUUCACAGCCUGUCUCUGUGCACGACUUGAAGACUCGAAAGUGAGGCUAUAUACUAUGCUACCAUAACUAAAAAAAUAAUAUAUGGUCACAUCAACUGCUCGCCAUUUUUUUACCUAUCUUUUACCAACAAAGAAAUAGCACCGAUUCAUCGCUUAGGGCAAAAAAGGUUCAUCCAUUUGCCAUGUAGCAGCAAAGUUCAUGCUUUUAUCAAAUCAACCUCCAAUUUAAGGUGUAUAGACUUUGCUUGCUUGGCGUCAAGAAAAGCUUAAUAGAGACCUUAACCCUUCAAGUCCCAAUGGCGACCAACAUCAAUUUUCUCCUAACGAUAUCCAUACAUUGUCAAGAGAUAAGGUUAUGAGAAUUAUUAAAAUUAUCACCAAAGAGAAAACGUCUUGAUCUUUUAUCAAAUUCUCUCAACACAUUCUUUAAUAAAAUGUACAGAGAUCAGUUUGGAGAAUUUGUAUGUGUAUAUUGGGGCUUAAAGGGUUAAGAUCGAGGUUUUACGGCAUUUCCGCGAACCGCAAACGCCAAGAAGUCACGUGACUAGUGUCUUGCCGUCAUGUUUGCGGUUUGAGGUUCACGUUUGCUACGGCUUUAGAUCACGCUCCAGAGGUUUUAAUCCGAGUUUACCGAUUUACCGCAACGUUCAAACAUAAUUCGGUUUUUUUAAAGCAUUCUAAAAAAUCAUCACAAUCCCAAUUUUACGUUUGAGAGAAAAUAAUAAUUUUUAGAACUCUUUAUCAAAUUAAUUAUUGAACUAUUUUUAUAUAGAAAAACGUAACUUUGAAGACGAUUUCCCAGUUAAAAUAAGAAGUAAAUGAAUGAAUAAAAGACAAACAUGGCAGCCGCAAAACUACCCGGCCGUGAAUCUUAAUUCCUUAAAUAUGAAUGUAGAACAAACGGAUAACGUGAAUCUUAAUUCCUAAAUAUGCUAACGGAUAACAAACCGCAAACCGGGAUUGCCGUUUGCGGUAAGAUGGCCAAACCUCGAUCUUAAGGUCUCAGUUGUAAUCUGCGAAUAAUUUGUUUUUUUGUGACAGCCCCUGGUCCAACACAAUGUCAGAGUUGCGAGGAAAGUGAUCCGUACACCUGCAGUUAUAGCCACAAACCCCAAAUGUGCGCGACGAGUUCUCGUUCACUCGGAACAACUCAUUGUGGCUCUGCGACAGUUAAAUAUCGUGACGAUCGUGGUGUCUAUAAUCGCACUUUACGAGGAUGUAUUAACUGUGCGGGUUAGUAGAAUUUUAUAUUUUGAGGGUCGGGAGAACAGGUCUCUCCAGUUCUGUGAUCUUGACUAAAAUCUUCCCUCAAUCCUGUUACUCUACACGGCUUUUAUCGGCUAAUCCCGAUCUCUCACAUUCGUAUUAAUUUUUAAGUGCCUUGCAAAGCCUUGAAUUUCUGUCAAAUUGACAGUGGGCUAAAAAAAGUGGUGCGGCUACAGUAGACUCGUCACAGGGUCGAGAAAAAUGUGGGCAAUUUGUGUCAAGUCCAAAUGAAAUGAUUUUUCACUUUUCUUAUCGGAAACCACUUCUCUACGACAACAUUUCCUGAAUCUGGCAUCCUAAAAUCGCUAAAUCGAAUGUCUCUUAAAUAAUAACACUACCGAACCUUGCCCCUGAUCUUUUCUUUAAAAUCUCAAGUUCACCAUCUCUUCAGUUAAGCCAAACUUUCCCAUAUUGAAUUGACGGGAUACUUAUUCCCUCACUUAAGGGUACUGAAAAAUUGCGAAUUUUGGUCUCACUUAAGGUGUUAACGACGUAAAGCUGAUAAUUUUAUCCACAAGAGAGGACGAAUUCAUUUUCACUUACUAAGGGUUGCAAGAAGGAAAAAACCUCUGUCAUAUACUGUGUUCGAGUAUAGUCGGUCUCUUUUAGGUGGGGUCAAAUAAAGCCGGUAGAAGUCACUGUCUCGAGUAUAUUACCUUGAUUUUUAAUUGAUCUGUUUACAGAUAAAAGAGCAGCUUGUGCCGCACUUGGUGGCUAUCUGAAAUCAUAUCGUACAUCGUACACUUUUUUGGAAUGUGAUAUCGAGUGCUGCACUGGUGAUAACUGCAAUGACGGAGGUAAUAAAUGAAAGCUAGAAAAAAUUUUUAUCUUGCUUAGCUGAAAUACCCUUUCAUGCAUGACUUAAGUGUAAGAAAGUUAAAGGUAAUGAAUUCUCGAGUAACUCUUUGUUACGAACCAUACCGUAAAUGAUCGAUUAAGCGCCGCGGCGCUUAUUUAAUUAUCCCUGUUAUAGGUGUGGCGCUUGUACGAGAGCGGCGCUUAUUUCAAGUACGGGUUAACACUGAGGGGAAUAUAGAAAGAAUAAAGUGAGGCGUGUAUUAGGUAUGCACGAUUCAAUAUAAAGUAAACCUCGAAUAGUUGGUUGAAAGUACUUGUCCUCGUUUUUCAAACUCAUUUCCCGGUGUUUGGAUAUCGGAAAAACACUUCUUGUGUUUGAUAUUCCUUCUCGGUGUUUAGAUAUCAGAUGAAACACUCCUUCUGGUGUUUGAUAUAUCACCUCUCGUUGUUUGGAUAUCAGACUGAAACACUCCUUUUCGUGUUUGAUAUUUCACUUCUCGGUGUUUGGAUAUCGGAUGAAACACUCUCUCUCGUGUUUGAUACAUUACUUCUCGGUGCGUGGAAAUCGGAAAAAAAAAACCACUUCUUCUCGUGUUUAAUACAAUGCAUACCUAAUUGUUUACACAGAUAAUGGUCCAGGACAGUGUAUCGCGUGUACGGAUUUCCAGGGUGGCCCAAUCAGACCCUGCAGCUCUUCAACGCAAAGGAACCAAACGUGUUUGACGGGUCGCCGUUCCCUUGGCACAACUCAUUGUGGUUCGGCAGCAGUGAAGUACCGUGGGGGCUUUUUUGAUGGCAUCAAUAUUGAUAUAAUUCGAGGAUGUUUUGACUGCACGGGUGGGUAAAAGUAUUACUUUUAACAGUUUUAUCCCAGAAAAAAUAAAUUAUAAAUAGAAACGGUCUAAAACUUGUAAUUCUCACUAACAACAACUCUUGUUAGUGCCAAAUAAGGUCAAAACAGCAAAAAUUAAAAUAUAAUGUUAAAAAUAUAUCAAACAUAGAAGAGGGGUGGGGUAGGGGAAGAAGAGAUAAUUGUAUCUACGCGUCAAUGACUGCUACGAUGAUCACAAUCUUUUCAUUCAGAUAAAAAAGCAGCCUGCUAUUCUCUUGGAGGUUACCUGAAGCGUGAAGAAGGCGACACAUUGCUUGAGUGCGAAAUUGAGUGUUGCAAUAGCAGUAGAUGUAACACGAAGAACUCAUCUUUGACACAGGACGCGGUAACUGUGUUUACACCGGAAGGUAUUAUAUUAAAUAUUUUCAAAUUGUGUAUUUUACAGAACCAGAGCUAUGCGAGUUUACCGUGGACGUUUGUCAUGUUCGGACCAAACCCGCUUGGUCUCUAUCAGCCGUCAGCUGCAAAACGGAUUAGCGAUUGUCACAUGUUCGCUUGUAGCCUUCCACGCAGACGUUCGUAGGGCUUUGUCACCAGUUCCUUGCCCACGAACGUCUGCAGGAGGGCGCGUCACGAAGCCGUAAGAACCUCUGCGUGGGAGGCUAGUUCGCUUGCGAUCGUGUAAUCAAGGGUACAGUGCUGUACACAUAUGGCAGCGCUAGUCCCUUGUCCCUGUUUCGUAACGUUGGACUUAGGUACUAGUUUUUAACCCUCUCACUGCCAAUUGUGGCUAAAGGCAAAAUUGAGCAAAAAUUCCCACAUUUCAUUUUGUAAAAUUUUCAAAAGCAAAUAGUACAUGUGAAAUUACAGGCAGAGAGCUUUCAUUUGAAUGGUCACACCAUAGGAUUUCGUCCACAGAUUAAAACGUUAGAGCCACCUUACAAAACUCCUCAUUCACUCUGGCAGUAAAAGGUUUAAUAGUCUCUCUCGUCUGACUUUACUUCUCCCCUUUUGCUAUCGUAUGGGCAGCCUCUGGACCUUCGCAAUGCCAGGAGUGUUUCGACGAUACUGAUGCAGAGUGCAUUGAGAAACAAGACCCACAGGAUUGUAGCCGAGAUUCGCGUUCACUUGGAACAACCCACUGUGGCUACGCCAAGAUAAAGUAUGCGUCCAAAUUUGGUAUACGUGAUAGGGUUUAUAGAGGAUGUAUUAAUUGCGCAGGUACGUUUAGUAGGAUAAGUUUGAAAAUACAAUAUUACAGGAACUAGAAUAAUAAUAAUAAUAAUAAUAAUAAUAAUAAUAAUAAUAAUAAUAAUAAUAAUAAUUUUUUUUUUUUAAUAAAAACAAAACUUUAUUCAUAGAUUUAAAAAAAAAUAGACUAUUUACAGAUUCAAGAAUAUGAAAUAUUAAAAUAUAUACCCUAUGUACAUUUUUCUUGUCUACGAAAGAGAAUUGUUGUAAAAUGACUAUCUAAAGACUACUAAUAACAAUUAUAAAAAGGAUCAAAAAGUUGAUAAAAAAAAUAAAAAACUAUUUAAAAAUAAUAAUUCGAACUGAUAAAAAUAAUAAUAAUAAUAAUAAUAAUAAUAAUAAUAAUAAUAAUAAUAAGCUUCCUCCUGAACAAGAGUGGCUAUGGGUACAACACCCCCCAUGGAAAGAUCAGCCAUCUCUUCUACAUGGAUGACCUGAAGACCUACACGCAAAAAAAGACGACGAACAAACGGGCAUGUUGAGAACCAUCAAAUCUUUCAGUGACGACAUAAUCAGGGAUUUCGGAUUGGACAAGUGCGCCAAUGCCACCUUCAAGAGAGGGCGACUAGCCGACUCCAGUAACAUCGAGCUCGACGUCAACACCAUCAUACAGGACUUAGAUCAGGAAGGUACCUAUAAGUACCUAGGAGUCAGCGAGGGAAACGGAGUCCAGCACUCUCAGAUGAAAGAGAAGAUCCGGAAAAAGUACUACCGCAGGAUGCGGAUGGAACUCCGCAAACAAACUGGAAGCCAUCAACACCUUGGCAGUACCGGUGGUAACUUACAGUUUUAACGUCAUAAACUGGACGUUACAAGAGCUGGCCAAACUUGAUACAAAGACUAGAAAGUCCCUGACAAUGUACAAGAUGCACCACCCCAAAUCUGACGUGGACAGGCUUUACCUGCCCAGAACUGAAGGAGGUAGAGGGCUCAUACAACUGGAGUUUUCCUACAAGUCAACCACUAUCGGUCUUGAUAAAUACCUCCAGGAGACGCAGGACACCCUCCUCCACUUUGUUAAAGACCAUGACGACAGGAAAUCCUUGUACUCCAUCAGCAGACAUCAUCUGGUUAUGUAA